AUGAACAACGAACAAUUCCGUCGCCUCAUCCAAGAUAACGCCAACCCCAGCACGAGCCCCAGCUCAAGCGGUAAUAAAAAUGGAGCCAUCGGUAAUGCGACGCCAGCCUUGGGCUCGCGAAUGCGCUCGAGCAUUCCUAUGACACCCCGCUCCCUAACAGCCCCCAACUUCGCCCGCCAACUAACCGACUACCGUCGCGAAGGACAACAACCGCCGACCAAACGCUUCAAAUCCAGCGCCGCGCCAAAAGGCACAAAACUACCCACCGGCUACAAAGACCGCACACAACAACGACAAUCACAAGACGAUAACGGGGAAGAUAUUGAGAAGCGUAUUACAGCGCUGGAGGAGUUGAUGAAGGAGGGGAAGAUUGAUGCCGGAACGUUUGAGAAGUUACGGGAGGAGUUGGGAGUUGGGGGGGAUGUGGGGAGUACGCAUAUGGUGAAAGGGUUGGAUUGGGCGUUGCUUAGGAGGGUUCGGGCGGGGGAGGAUGUUAGUAAAGGGAUUAAGAAGGAUGAGGAGGACGAGGAAGAGAAGGAGGGAGAGGGAAAGGGAGACGGGGCAGAGGAGAAAGAGGUAGAUUUGGAGGCGGAGUUUGAGCGGGUGAUGGAGGAGAAAGGACAUGAGGAUAUUGCCCCUGUUGCUUCGAAAGAGAAUGGGAAGAAAAAAGGGACGAUGGCUCCGCCGCCAGUCCCUGCACAGGAGCAGAAGAAAUCCCGGGAUGAGAUUCUACGACAACUGAAAGCAAGUCGCGCAGCUCCUGCCGCAGAACCUGCCCCACUGCCGGAGUCGACACUGGGAUCCAAGUUCAAGAAACUGGGCGAGUCGAGACCGGAGAAGAAGCGGUGGGUGGAGACAGACGAGAACGGUCGGCGGAGGGAGGUCCUUCUCACUACCGAUGCAAAAGGGAAUACGAAACGGAAGACAAGAUGGCUGGACAAGCCCAGUGAAUCUAACGGUCUGUUGGUGCCUGAUAAAGAUGCAAAACCGCUGGGCAUGGAGGUACCUGCAGAAGUCGCAUCGAAGGCGGCUGCCGCUGCUGCUUCCGUAGAAGAUGAGGACGAUGACAUCUUUGAGGGAGUGGGUGCAGACUACAAUCCUUUGGCAGGUAUCGGUGAAGACGAUUCCUCGUCUGACUCCGACGAGGAGGGACAGGUUGCCGAGAAAGCCCCGGAGAAACCUACGCCUAUAGAGCCUGCGCCACCGUCUAUAGAACCAAUUCAGCCAUCACGACCACGGAACUACUUCUCGACAUCCACGCACGAUGAACCCACAGAAGAAGACGAGGGCCGUGCCAGAGCCAACCCACUUACCCGGGACCCCUCCUUAUUGGCAGCGCUCAAACGAGCAGCCGCGCUACGCCAAGCAUCACCAUCCGCUGGUGGAGACGAAGAAAAGAAAGACGACAGCCGUGGUCAGCGAUUUCUGGAAGAAAUGCGGCGUCGCGAGGCGCAGGAUGCUAUGGAUAUGGACAUGGGUUUCGGAGGCAGUCGGAUCGAGGACGAGGAGGACGAAGAAUUCAUUGGCUUAGAAGGAGAGGGGGGCCGUGGGGGACAAAAGAGGAAGCGUGGACCAAAGAAGAGGAAGGGAGACAAGGAAAAUGCAUCGGAUGUAAUGGGGGUGCUGGAGAGUCGGAAGUAA